AAAGAACACUGUGCUUUGCUGUAGCAAAAAAUACGGUCGUUGCUUUUUCACUCAAAAGCAAAGUUCUUAUUACUAAAAUCUUAGUAAAAUUAUUAAUUUUGAGAGUGUUUCUUUAAAAUUGAAAAAUCAAGAUGACGCAGUGGUGGGAGGUAAUAAAUCCAAAAGUGUCUGGAAAAAAAGGGAUUCCUUACAAUCGUAUAGAUGUUUGGUUACGUAGAAGGGAUGUUUGGCCUUUUGCAUUAGUGAUGUAUCCUAUUGUUCUCACAGCUUUGUGUCACUUGACUUUAGUAAAGAACAAUUUUAAAAAAGAUUUAAUUGACCUUUCAAAUCAUUUCGGAGCUUAUUUACCUUUUAUCCUAUAUGGAUUAAUGAUUGUGUUGGUAUUCACUCAUAUAGUAGUCCAUCUGGCAACAUAUUGGAGCUCUUCUUGGUGUCUUUUAAUGGGUUUCACAUCCAAGCUAGAAAAUGCAGAUCGGUUUACACAUAUUUUAGUGAAACCUUUGCAAGAAUAUGAAAAAUCCGUUUUAUGCCCCGUAGUGAUGGAAACCAAGGAAGACGGCACUGUAAUUAAAAAAAUUGAAUAUUUCAAGAAAUGGUAUACUGUUGAUUCGAAUUACAAUUUACAUCCUUUGUAUUUCCCUUGUAAUAAAUCCUUUCAAUUUUAUAAUACAUUGAUAAAACAUCCAACCGGAUUAACAAAAAAAAAUGUAGUUGCUUUACAUAAUCGUUACGGAAUUAACAAUUUUGAUAUUGAAUUACCAUCCUUCAUGGAAUUAUUCAAACAGCACCUGGUCGCACCUUUCUUUGUUUUUCAAAUUUUCUGUGUUGUUCUUUGGUUUCUCAACGAAUAUUGGGGUCAUCCAUUAAUGACAUUAGCGUUACUUGUAUUUUUGGAAGUUCAGCUGGUUUUUAAAAGACUACUUGAGUUAAAACAACUUCAUGAUAUGCGUUUAAAUCCGCAUUAUGUCAAUGUUUGGAGAAAUGGAAGAUGGGAGUCUCUUUUAUCUGACGCCUUGGUUCCUGGUGAUCUUAUGGCAUUACCUCGUCAAGAGUUUUCUUCGAGUGGCAAGUCUACUGAAAAGAAACUUGAAUUUAUUUGCCCAUGUGAUGCCUUACUCGUUUCGGGGGCCUUAAUGAUGAAUGAAUCAACAUUAACGGGUGAAUCCAUUCCUCAGUGCAAAAUUCCAUUGACCAUUACUGAAGAAAAUCAGAAAGAUAUGCUUGAUAUGAAAAGUUACCAUAGACAACAUAUACUCUACGCGGGUACCACAGUGAUAGUUUGUAAACCCAACAUCGCUUCUACUUUGAAAUCAACACAUUGUCCAGUACCAGUCAACACAGCAGCUUGUUGUAUUGUUUUAAGAACGGGAUUCAAUACAACACAAGGAAAAAUUGUUCGCACUGUAUUGUUUACGUCUGAAAGGGUGACAGGAGAAAACAAGGAAGCAAUGUUAUUCUUGUUGAUUCUUUUUUUUUUUUCUUUACUGGCUAGUGGUUAUGUUUUGUGGAAUUGGUGGGAUGAUGUGUUUAUAUUGAAGAACCAAUCAUCGCGUUCCUUUCAUAAACUUUUAUUAAAUUGCAUUAUGAUCAUAACGUCAGUUGUUCCUCCAGAAUUCCCAAUAACAAUGUCCAUGGCAGUCACACUUUCGUUGGCAGAAUUGUGUAAAAGAAAAAUUUUUUGUACUGAACCCUUUCGACUUCCUCAUGCGGGUCAUGUAACGGUUUGCGCAUUUGAUAAGACGGGAACAUUAACGUCGGACAAUAUGAAAAUUUGUAGUGUUGUGCUUCUACCUGCAAAGGAUGAAGCAGUUGAUACUAUUAAAGAAGCAAUUUCCAAUAGAGAUACUGUGUCUUUAUUGGCUGGGCAACGAAAACAUGACAUUCCCUUUAGUACCUGCGCUAUUUUAGCUGCGUGCCAAUCGCUUGUGUUAUUACCGGAUAAACAAUUAGCUGGCGACCCAGUCGAAAUAGCUUCUAUGACAUAUACUGGUCCAUGGAGAUUUAAAGAUCAUCAUUCAAUACAUUUUAGUGAUGCCGAAUUCCCGAACACUUUAAAAAUUCUACGCAGAUUUCCUUUUUCAUCUGAAUUGCGGCGGAUGACAGUUCUUGUGCAACAUACUGGAAUUCCUUUUAAAACUCAAGUUUGUACAACCAAUGACCGCAUUCCGUUGCAAAGUUGCACAUCAUUUUCAUUCAGUCCAAGUUGUUAUGUUUUAAGUAAAGGAAGUCCUGAAACUAUUCGAAAUUUCUUAGCGAUCGUGCCGCAGUACUAUGAUGAAGUUUUACAGGUUUUAAAUCGUAAUGGCUAUAGAGUCAUAGCUUUAGGUUAUAAAAAACUUUGUGACAUAAAGGAUUCCGAAAAUUUUCUGCAAAUGUCUCGUGCAACUCUGGAAAGUUCUUUAACAUUCGGAGGUUUUCUUGUGCUACUUUCCUCUAUUAAACCGGAUACGGCGGCCUGUUUAAAAAAGUUAAUCAUGUCGUCUUAUCGCCUCAUUAUGAUCACGGGGGAUAAUAUUUUGACGGCUUGUCAGAUAUCUACAGACGCUGGAUUAGUUGCUGCUAACAAAUGUGUCGGUGACACAUACCGCAUUCUUCAAAAAGUAACCAAAAAUUCAAAUGACACCUUGUCAAUGUAUUGGUCAUGUCGUGAUAAAAUCAAUACAUUCGAAACACAUUCAAACGACCAGCUUGUACAAGCAUUCAACAAGUAUAUUUUGUGUUUAGAUGGAGCUGGUGUCACCGUUCUACAGAAUACUUUAUCUUUAAAAAAUUUUGGUUUCACUGUCAAAAUGAUAACAAUAUUUGCUCAAAUGGCUCCACGUCAAAAAGAAUUGAUUAUUAAUACAUUAAAGCAAGAAAAAUUCUUUGUUUUAAUGUGUGGUGAUGGAACUAAUGACGUUGGUGCGCUGAAAGCUGCUCAUAUUGGUAUUUCGUUGUUAAGUGGAGAAGACGUAACAAAAACUAUAACUUCUAGUACAAAAGCAUCCAAAGCGACGGCCCCGAAAGCUUUAGCAGAAGUUCCAUCAUUUAUACAACGACUUCAGGCGUAUGAAACUGAAAAUUCGCCCGACUUUUUUUUGCCAACCUUAGGUAUCGCAUCUUACGCGUCAGCAUUCACAUACAAAGGCUCCACCAUACGAUGUGUUCCAACCAUUCUUCGUUACGGUCGUGCUACAUUAGCAACGGUUAUGAUGUCUUAUAAAACAAUUGCAAUCAAUGCUCUUAUUACUGCUUUUUCUCUUUCGGUAUUAACUUUGGACGGUGUCAAGUUGGGUGAUUUCCAAACCACGGUUGAAAAUUUUUUUAUGUCUUUCUUGGUUUUCAUUUGCUCAAAAGCCAAGCCAACAAAAGAUCUUUCAACGGAGAAACAACAAACUCGACUCUUUUCUUCCGCAGUCCUCAUUUCUAUUUUCGGUCAAUCCUUUGUUCAUUUGCUAUGUUUGUUAAUUGGUUGGAAAAUGACAACGCAAUUACGUCCAACUGAUUAUCAAAGAAACCUUGAUGGGGAAUUCUCUCCUAAUCUUACUAAUACAGUCAUUUUUUACAUACUAGCAGCUUCUCAUGGUUCAACAUUCUUAGCUAACUACACAGGUCCUCCGCAUAUGAUUCCCUUGACGAAAAACCGUUUAUUCUUUCGCGGUUUAGUUUUUUUCUUUGCCAUGAUUGCAAUUACAACAUUAGAAAUUUUCCCUCCGUUAAAUCAUAUGUUCUCACUCGUACUACUUCCCUCACAUAAGUUCAAAAUCUACGUAUUCUCGCUUUUGACCUUUGAUGUGACAUGUUCCUUUCUCAUCGGGCAAAUUUUUUCAUAAUUGUAAAAACAAGUUAGAUUGUUUUUUUUAAUCACCUCAAAUAAUGGCAACCACUUUUUUAUAAUUACUUUUAUGACUCAAAAUGUUAUUUUGAAAACAAAAGUAUUUUCAUUAAACGUUUUCUUACUUUAACUAAAGCUAAAAGUAAUCACUGCCUGAUAGGAUUUUAAAAAACACAACCCUGCUGGUUGACUAGUUUUUUUUGAACCAUUUAAAUUAGCAAGAUAUUCUUAAUACUGUAACUUACACAAAAACUUUAGAAAAA